UCCGGCACGGAGGAGCGCUGCAGGAGCUAUCGGCGAAAAAACACAUGCUGUGAGAUGGAGGUUUUCGAUUUCAGUGACAAUGAAAGAAGGGUUCGAUUUCCGGUGGAGAUAGGAGCCAGAAUGCGAGAAAGAAGAGGCUUGGUGAAUUGACUGAAAAACCCCUCCGCACUAUGCGGCGGUUCCAGUAUGGGCUGACGUGGCAAAAGCUGUAUUUUGACAUUGCCUUAUAGUGUUUUGUAGAUUUCUUACUCGCAAAUUGCCAUUCCAUGCCGCCAUUCUACAGUCCAUCGGAAAGCGGGCAGAAAACAAGAGCAGUGGACGGAGAAGGGAAAACAUGGGGAGCUUGACCAACAAGCAGCCGAGAAUCUUCAGUGGACACCAUGGCAACGCUCUGGCGCCGUGCACUCGUACCCACCAGAUCGGCGCUCUUUUCCUCGUAGUCAUCACCUUCUUCCUCACUCGCCUCUUUCACCAGUCGUUCUCUCCCUGCACCGCCACUUCAUUCGGCAGCACCGACCUUAGCUCCGGCAGGAGCCUCGUGCGUAUCUCCGAUGCCGGCUACCUGUUCUGGCCUAACCGUGGCUACGGUUCAGUCCUCUCCCUCAAGAUCUAUGUCUAUGAAGAGACCGAGAUUGAUGGCUUGAAAGAGCUGAUGCGCGGUCGAGAUGGCAAAAUUUCCGCUGACGCUUGCGUUAAAGGCCAAUGGGGCACUCAGGUUAAGAUACACAAAUUGCUGUUGAAAUCAGGGUUUCGGACUAAGAAGAAAGAGGAGGCCGAUUUGUUCUUUGUGCCGACGUAUGUGAAAUGUGUACGGAUGACGGGAGGUCUCAAUGAUAAGGAGAUCAACCAAACUUUUGUUAAAGUCUUAAGCCAAAUGCCUUACUUUAGGAGAUCUGGAGGUCGAGACCACGUUUUCGUCUUCCCAAGUGGGGCAGGAGCUCACUUGUUUCGAUCAUGGGCUACAUUCAUAAAUCGUUCAAUUAUACUUUCUCCUGAGGGCGACCGAACUGAUAAAAAGGAUAUAACUGCUUUCAAUACGUGGAAAGAUAUCAUCAUCCCUGGUAAUGUUGAAGAUGGAAUGACUGUGAGAAGACCUACCACAGUUAAACCUUUACCUUUGUCAAAGAGGAAGUACUUGGCAAAUUAUUUAGGUAGAGCACAAGGGAAAGCUGGUCGCCUUAAGCUCAUUGAGAUGUCAGAAAAAUUUCCAGAUAAAUUGGAAUGUCCAGACCUGAAGUUCAGUGGACCUGAUAAAUUGGGAAGGGCUGAAUACUUUGAACAUCUCCGCAAUGCAAAGUUCUGUCUUGCACCACGGGGCGAAUCUUCCUGGACCCUUCGCUUUUAUGAAUCCUUUUUUGUGGAGUGUGUCCCUGUUAUUUUGUCAGACCAAGCAGAAUUUCCAUUCCAAAAUGUGAUCGACUAUUCCCAGAUAUCAAUCAAAUGGCCAUCUAGUCGAAUUGGCCCGGAACUUUUAAACUACCUUGAGUCUAUACCAGAUAGAGACAUAGAGAGGAUGAUAGCCAACGGGAGGCGAAUAAGAUGCUUGUGGGUGUAUGGUCCCGAAUCUCAGCCCUGUUCUACAAUGCAAGGAAUAAUGUGGGAACUCCAGAGGAAGGUGAGGCAGUUCCACCAAUCACACGAAACAUUCUGGCUGCACAAUCAAACAAUAGUGAACAGGAAUUUAGUCGAGUUCUCCAAAUGGGAACCUCCCAUGCCUCUCCCAUGAUAACAUGUCCUUGGAAUGGAACAUCAUCAGCUUGCCCUUUUCUCUAGCCGCCAUCUACAUGUUGGCCGAUUCGCUGCGGAAUGGCCUCGUGCUGCUCUUGCUCUACUUCAGCAGCCUACCUGAAUUUUGCUUGCUCAACAAACUUGCCCUGCUUUCCCAGUACAUCCACACGUAAAGUUUUCGGCAUCUCUACUUCAGAUGGUAUUGGUGGCGAAUUGCUCUUCAGUGUAGAGAAAUUGUUGUAGUGUCAUAGUUUCAUAGGAUGCUAACUUAAUGUUGAUGGCGUAAGCGGAAGAAGUUGUAGGUACUUUAUCCCAGUCGAUUGUAUUAUUUGUUGAAGUGAUGCAUUUAUUACGAAACCUUCCACUAAUAUUUUGACAAUCACAAUUCACAAAAGCCAACCAAAACACAGCAAGUGAUCGAAAGGACUUAGGUCAAAGAAAGAAAAUUCUAGCUGCAAUCAAUUAUGCACUUGGUU